UUGUUGACUAAUUAAGUGCUGUUCUGUUCUGAAGUCGUUUUCAGAGCCGUCAGCUGUAAAAAAAAAUUAAAAAAUAAACUGAGCAAUAUCGCAGUAAACGGCUACGUUUUAAUAUGGUCUUAAGACAACAUUCGAGUCCUGCACUCAGCCUUGACCUUUUACUUAUGCUAAAUUGCUUCUUUCUGAUAUCUCCACCACGCAACCACCAUGAGGCACCUCCAUUACCGCCACCGCCACCGCCACCAUUCACUCCUCGCAGCAACAACCUUAAACCACCGCCAAUACGCAACCAAAUACACAGCAAAAAUAACCUCAAAAUCCCCAAAAGGCAACAUACUCUCAAUAGAAGUAACACCACCGGUCCCCUCCGAUAUUCGCGGGUAUGCAAUCCCACGCCACCACCUCAUAUGCAAAGCAACCCAAAUCCUGCUCACUCCACAAUCACCGGCCAACCCAAACCCUUUCCUUUCCCUCCAGGACUACCUCUCCUCUCUCUCCCUCUCCCUCACUCCCUCCGAAUCCUCCGAAAUUCUCAAGUCCCUGAACUCCCCUUCUCUCGCUUUUCAUUUCUUCCAAUUCUGCCCUUCCCUUUGCCCUGCUUUUCGCCACAAUUCCUUCACUUACACUCGCAUUAUUCUCAUUCUUUCCAAAUCUACCCUCCCUGAUAGAUUCAAUCUUGUACGGUCUCUUCUUUCUGAUAUGGACAAGAAUGGAGUGCGCGGCACCAUCUCCACCGUUAAUAUAUUGAUUGGGUUUUUUGGGGAUGGUGAAGAUUUGGAGAGAUGUAUCGGGUUGAUUGAGAAAUGGGAUUUGAAGAUGAAUGGGUAUACUUAUAAGUGUUUAGUUCAAGCUUAUUUGAGGUCAUGUGAUAGUGAUAAUGGAUUUAGGGUUUAUCUGGAAAUGAAGAGAAAAGGGUAUACACUUGACAUUUUUGCUUUUAAUAUGCUCUUGGAUGCUUUAGCCAAAGAUCAAAAGGUUGACCAGGCUUUCAAGGUUUUUGAAGACAUGAAAAAGAAGCACUGUGAGCCUGAUGAGUACACUUACACAAUUAUGAUCAGGAUGACAGGAAGGAUUGGUAAACUGGAUGAAUCAUUGGCAUUAUUUGAGGAAAUGUUAAAUAAGGGAUGUUCUCCCAAUUUAAUUGCUUAUAAUACUAUGAUUCAGGCACUGGCUAACAGCCGGAUGGUUGACAAGACAAUUCUCCUUUUCUCAAAGAUGAUGGAGAAAAAUUGCAGGCCCAAUGAAUUUACCUAUAGUGUCAUACUGACACUUCUGGCUGCAGAAGGGCAACUUCACAAGCUAGACAAGGUUGUGGAAUUAUCAAGAAAGUACAUGAAUAGGUCAAUAUAUGCAUAUCUCGUGAGGACAUUAAACAAAUUGGGGCAUGCAAGUGAAGCCCAUAGGUUGUUUUGCAACAUGUGGAGCUACCAUGAUAGAGGGGAUAGGGAUGCAUGCCUGUCCAUGUUAGAGAGCUUAUGUAAUGCUGGUAAAACUGUAGAAGCUAUCGAUCUGCUCGGUAAAAUUCAUGAGAAAGGGAUAAACACUGAUACUAUCAUGUACAAUACAGUAUUCACUGCUCUUGGCAGGUUAAAGCAAAUAUCCCAUCUUUAUGAUCUUUAUGAAAAGAUGAAACUCGAUGGCCCUUUACCAGACAUAUUCACUUACAAUAUUUUGAUCUCAAGCUUUGGUAGGGCAGGAAAAGUCUAUGAAGCUAUUAAAAUAUUUGAAGAACUUGAGAACAGUGAUUGCAAACCUGAUAUUAUCUCUUACAAUUCCUUGAUCAAUUGCCUCGGUAAGAAUGGUGAUCUCGAUGAAGCUCACAUUAGGUUCAGGGAAAUGCAAGAGAAAGGGUUGAAUCCUGAUGUCGUGACGUACAGCACACUCAUUGAGUGCUUUGGCAAAACUGAUAAAGUUGAAAUGGCUUGCAGAUUGUUUGAUGAGAUGCUAGCUGAAGGCUGCUUCCCUAACAUUGUAACAUACAACAUCUUACUCGACUGUCUGGAGAGAAGUGGGAGAACUGCUGAAGCUGUGGAUUUGUAUGCAAAACUGAAACAGCAAGGACUAACACCUGAUUCGAUUACAUACUCUGUGCUUGAACGACUGCAAAGUGGUUCGCAUAGAAAACUUAGAGUGCGCCGGAAAAAUCCAAUCACAGGUUGGGUGGUUAGCCCAUUGAGGUGAUCAUGACAAAGUCAUGACUUGUUAUCCAGCAUAAGAUUUUUCAUGCAUAAUUUUGAUUCUUCAUUGAUUUAUUGCAAACCAGAUACUUCCUAAAACAAUUACAGGUAUAUAUUGCUCCAGUAAUAUUUCCGAAAAUAUGGUGCUAUAUUGCUUUUGGUUGGCAGAGAAAUAAAUAUCAUUUCUUUCACUAUGAAGAGAUUUGGCCUAUUGCCAGCAUGCUGCAACUGCAUUUAUGGUUUAUCCAAUUGUUGCAGGGUGACAUCAGAAGAUCAUUAAGACCGUAAGCUGAUACUUCAUAAGGAGCACUUUAUAUCUGAUGGGAUGUUGUGCUAGGCUUGGGGGGAUUUCUUGAGGUUAAUUUGUGGGAAUAUUUCACUCCAUCCUGUGAAGUGGACUUCAAAUGAUUAAAAGUUUCAAGUUAGUUUCUUCUGUCGACUUUCUUUAGCAGCUCCCUGCGAAGCUUCAAUUUGUAUAUAACCUUUGCAUGAUUCAUAGAAGUUGAUUAUUUCAUUUUGCCA